AUGGAAUUAUCUCACAGUGAAUCAAGGACGCCAAGCAGGAUAGGUGACAGAACUACUAGUGAUGUCAUUGUAAGGAUUAGAACUCAUGAUGGCCGUGAUGAUCGGAUUUACUGUCAUUCACAUAUUCUUAUGGGCAAGAGCAAGUAUUUUGCUGACAGGCUAUCUGAUAACUGGCCAACGUGCCAAAUUCUUGACUCGCGCAACUGUGUUGAGGUUUAUUGCCAAGAGUCUGACUUUGACUAUCACAUUACUGUCCUUCGACUCUUUUAUAUGACCUCAGAUGUUUCCAUAACUGACUUAUGGCAUGGUGUCAAAAAUGCUCUUGGGAUACUGAGAGUAGCUGUUGUGCUUGAAUGCCCGCAAAUUGUUGCUCAUUGUGUGGACUAUUUGGAAGCAGUCCCCUGGGAAGAAGCCGAGGAAGAAGAAAUUUUAAAAAUUAUACCAGGCAUGGGAGCACAAGCAGAGCCAGUACUUGCUCGGCUCCGGCCAGUCAAUCCUCUGGCUAUAGUUAAGAUUUUUCUGUCAGCUAUUCGUUUUGCAACAUCAUCACCCUCAUCUUCAUUGAAUGAUCUUAAAACCUCGGCUCAGGAGCAGCUUGAAUACAUGCUCACUGAAGACGAUGAUGCUCCAUUGUUAACCGCGGAUGAUGAGAUCAAAUUAGAGGUGAGACAAUGUGUCAACAGACUAUCAAGCAGAUUUGUAAAUCUUGUGCAUUCUUUGGUUGGUGAUCUCCAAGAAUCAGUUGCCGAGUCAGAAAAAAUGGAAUUAUUUCAGUCCAACUUAAGUGAUCUGUUAUGGGCUUCUCAAAUAUUAGCGAAGUUGGAAUCCUUGAGAGAUUUUGUUUACAGCUGGGUGGAGACUUCGGAAAAUAUAGUUAAAGUUGUAGAGCACACAUGCCCAGCAGGUGAAUUGACUGAAGCAAAGUUAAAAGUUCUUGAAGUGACAGUUAAAGUCUUGGAAGCAAUAGGAUAUGGGACUGUUAUUUUGCCAACAAAAAAACGCCUAAACAUGAUUAAAAUCUGGCUUCCAUUCAUAAGGGUCAUGAAGUUUUCAAUUGAUUCUGUCACCUCCGACGAUGACAAGAAUCUGCUGUUAAAAAUUGAUGGUGAGCUCUGGCAAUCAUUGGAGUCGGCAUUUGUUUCAAUAAUUCUCACAUUGCCGUCAGGGAACCAGGCAGAAAUUUUAACCGAAUGGUUAGACAAUAAGCACAUUCGUUAUCCAGACCUGACGGAGGCAUUUGAGGUUUGGUGUUACAGGUCCAAGGUUGCCAAGCGAAGGCUCACAAUGCUAGAUGAAAGCCAUCAGACGACUAACGGAAGGAGCUUCAUCGCUGGGUGCUCUGCAUUGAUUAUGAUGUGA